AUGCAGCCGUCUGUGCAACAUGUCGCUUUAGAAACAGAACAAAGAGCCGCCGGUACCGACCAGGUGCACGAGGCCACGUCCUCACGCACGCAGCACGCAGAGGAGCGCGCGAGGGCGUGUGACCGUUGGAGACGCAUCCAUCACAGCGUCACGGCGUCACAGAGAGCCGCGUGUGGUUCUAUCUCCUCCUCAGGACCCAGUGUGACGUCACAGGGACAUGGGGCCGAAGGACUGUCCAUCUCCACAGACCUGACUGUCCUGAGGAGACAGGGGACAGCCUUGCGCCCCCCGGGACCCUCAGACAUGGAGCUGGAGCCCUUCUCGUACUUAGAUGAAGAGGACUUCUUCACGGACCAGUCCUCGCGGGACCUGGACCCAGAGGACUUCCUGGACGAGGACGUGGACUUCCUCACGUUCCCGGACUUGUACCGUCACGCGGACUAUGACGCAGGAGACCUGUCCUUCUCCUCCUCCUCCUCUUUCUGCGCAGACUCUGCGGCAGAACUCUCUCCCCUGAGCGCACACAGCGCACUGCUCAAACGGCGGCGGAGACUGCGGUCUGAGCGGGAGCUGCAGCAGCUGCGUCAGGCCGCGAACGUGCGCGAGCGCCGCCGCAUGCAGUCCAUCAAUGAUGCGUUCGAAGGUCUGCGCACGCACAUCCCCACGCUGCCAUACGAGAAGCGCCUGUCCAAAGUGGACACGCUGCGUCUGGCCAUCGGAUACAUCAACUUCCUCGCGGAGCUCGUGCAGUCUGACGUCCCUCUGCGUAACCAGGGCUCUGAUGCGCCUGCGCAGCCCAAGAAGGUCAUCAUCUGCCACCGCGGCACGCGCUCCCCCUCUCCUUCGGACCCGGACUUCGGUCUCCCUCCUCUCGCGGGACACUCUCUGUCCUGGUCCGACCACAAACAGCUGCGGGACCAGAGCGUGAUCCGGACCGCCAAAGUCUGGACCCCAGAGGACCCCCGCAAAGUCCGAGGACUGACGCACGAGCUGCCGCUGGGACUCAUGGUCUGA